ACACGGGACGCAACCACUGCGUUGGUGACUGGGUUUCCGGUCCUGAUAUUUUCUCAUCCAGGCAAAAGGGGUCCCGUGAUAGAAAAAUGGAAAUAGUUAAACUCUGUUAUAUCAAGUAGUAUCACUGAGCUCAUUUUUUUCCUGGUCUUUUUUCACUCGAGCUGAAAUUCGGUGUAGGUGUCUGCGGUUGAGAGAGAGAGAGAGAGAGAGUGGAGCAUGCCGAGCGGAGCAGAGCAACAGUGUUAGUAGAGUCAAAAUGGCGUCUGCUUGCCCACUUCACUGCCGUCUAAUCCAUCUGUGAUUAGCCUCAACUUUAGCUACCUGUGCCUGCUUUAUUGUGUUUAUUUUUUUUUCACCCCGCACUGGUUUUGUCGGAGCACAUUGCAGCGUCAUGUCGGACUCGGAGGAGGACAGCCAGGACAGGCAGCUUAAAAUCGUAGUUAUUGGAGACGGUGCGUGUGGGAAGGUGAGACCAUCACAGAUACUCACAACUUACACACACUCCACUUAAGUGAAGUCAAUAGACACUUUGGCGUAACUUCAAAUCACUGACAGUGUCUUAUUAUCCAUUUCACACCGUGUUAAGUCGGUAUUCUGUUGUUUUCGCUGCUCAUCUGGACGCUGCGCCGUCUCCUGUCUCCAUGGAGACCGACGCUAAUAUCGCUAGCUAAAUCGGCUAGCAGCUAACACCAUCAAUGGCUAGCAGAGCAAGACCACAUAAUGGGAUAUAAGAAGCGCCAUAGUGGUCAUGAAGGAUUAACCGAAGUAAUACUGAUAGACACUGAUAGCUUUUAUACUCUUAAGUAUUACUCGAAGACGUACUCGAUGACUCUAUAGUCACUAGUAUGCGUUAGUAUUUCUAAUUUGAGCCACCAGGUACAUCUACAGCACUACAUGCCACAGUCAUAAAGUUGACCUCAAGAUAUUUUAACGUUUUGUACAAUAAAGUGACCUGUUAUAUUAAUUGUUCUGUAAUGCAUUAUCUACUGUAAUGCUGUAGGUCCAAGACAGCUUUUAGGGAUCAUAAACUAAUCAAACUAAACACAACUCAACUCAACAAAAUCAGGAAGAGUGACUGUCACUGCAAUAUUAAAAAGCACAACAUACAGUCAUACAGUUGAGCUUUGAAUAAAACCAAGUCUCAAGGCUAUAGAGUUAGAACCAAGAUCCCUAUAGACACUUUAGCGAAAUUCAUAUAGGCCUAUUUACAGUCAUUACCAGCCCAGGUAUUGCCAAAUGCAGCAGAAUUUAAUCAUUACACUUUCCUCAAAUUAGCCCCUGUGUAUAAUGAGUACAUCACUGCAACAAGUCAAAUCUUGAGUGCCUUUAAACGUCUCUUUUUUUCUUUCACUUGUGGUGAUGCUUGUCAAACACACUAACACUGUGUUAUAUGUAUUUCCUGAAAUGAGUAUUUGUGGUAAUACUCUGUAAAUGAUUAAAACUGUAACUCUAAUGUACUAAGCUUAAAAAACAACACUUUUUAUGAGCUAGGUAGAUACAAACAUUUUAAAGAGCUUCCAAGAUUAUCUACCAUUUCUGUAGUUUAACAUAUAGGAUGUUUAUUCUUGGCUGUAAUCCACAGAGGUAAUCCACAGACAUUGUGGUAAGAGAAAUUUCAUUUUAGGAAAUCUGGUGUGUAUUGGGUUCAUCAUAUUUAAGCUUAAAUUGAAAGCCACAGCUCACUUAAAGCAAAUACUGAGAACUAAACCUGGCUGCUCUUUACUGAAAUGAAAAGUACUUAUUUAAAGAAAAAAAAGUCUUUAAAAGUUGCACUCAUACAAGAUAAAACCGAGAUCUGUAGGUUGACUUCUUUUUUCAAAAUAAUGUGACAUGUUUUAAAUCUAUCUUAAAUCUGUUGUUCUAAACCUACUGGGUCUACAAAUACUAUGCAGGUUUUAUGUACCUUUGGAUAUAGUCAUCAAUAGCAUUUACAGACAUGGGCAAAGCUGUAAAUUCACAAGCUGUCAUACUGAUUAAUUAUAUUUAGCUCCAGGCCCACAUUUUACUGUAUCUACUAACAGUCGAUCUGGUUCGAUCAACCAAUAUCAUUACCAGUGUUGCUUUAAAGCUUCCAUAAUAACAAAUAAACAGAUAGUAAAUUAUGAGAACACAUGACUUAAUACCAAAUGUUUACUCUUAGACAGUUUUAAAAAAUUAUCCUUGUGAAUCGUUUGUAACAGGUUACAUUGCUAAUUUACUAUUUUCUGCUCAUGCUGCUGUUUUUUGAGUCUGCUGCUACAUGCUCAGCGAUCUGGCAUGUAAAACCCUGCACUAUAGAGUAUGACACUAAGUGUGAUAGUUGCUCAACCUGGCUCUUUCAGCUGCUGGUUGUUUUUCAUCAGUACACCUCUUUUCUCUUUGCCAAGGACCCCUGUAUGCAUUUGGCUCCAGAGUGAGGCCCCACUGGAGAAAAUUAUGUCCUGACCGCCCAUUUGGGAAAUGUUUCUGGGGUUAUUUUUCCACUUGAUUAAAAAAAAUCACUGCAGAAACAAAGCUUGUGUCAAAAUUUUUAUUGAGUGGAAUCUGAACAGUGAACAAAUGUCUGUUUAUUCAGUUCAUUGUAUCUGUCUUUGCAGGAUCCAUUUAGUACAACUCAUAAUCUGUUCUCGUUUUAGACAACUGGACUAAAUCAAUCAGAUUGUUUGUUAAAGGAAUUUCAAAGACAUGGAUUAAAAAGUCAAAUUUUCCCAGUCAACAGUAAAGUCAUUUGCAACAAAGCAAGCUGAACUAUAUGAAAAUUCAGCACAUUUUUUCUUCGAUGUAUCUUGAGCUCCCAAAUGUGUGAAUAUAAAUGCAAAGCAGGGAGAUCAAGUGUCUUUCUGCUACGCAUCUUUUUCCCUGACUAAUCCCUUCUUCCUCUGGGACAAGGGAAAUGAAUGUAGCAUUAAUGGAGACCCAAUGAGAAAAAUGAAUGUUCUCAUUCUAAAAAGUCGACGUUUUCUUUCUGGGGAGGGGGGACGGGAGAACACACACAACUCAGUUCCCUGUAGAUACGCUACAUUAAUAAUCCUCCCUGUGCUGCUGCCAGGUGUCAGCUCGUCACUGUCUGAAUGACUUACCUGCUUGUCUGUUUUGGGCAGAAAACAGGAGCCCUGCCCCCCAUUUUGAGCAGGCACCACUGACUGACAUCUUGAAUACCGUUUCCCCCCUUAUUAAUGUCAAUUUGCUCAGCAAAUUGCAAUCGGAUCAGUUUUUCUUGGACAGCGUUUUCGCUGGUAUUUUUGCUUGUGGUUGGUUGUCCAUUCAGAAAUAUAGGGAGAUGUGGGAAGGCUUGUCCACCUGAGUGCGAUGUUUUUUAAAAUAUGAAGUCUCACGUUCUGCCAGGCUCUUAAGGUGCUGGGACUGGCUUACACACAGGUCUAUUUUUCAGCCGGAGUUAUAAACACUCAGUUAUUCUGAAUAUUUGCUGUUCUCUUACCCGCGGGCUGAAAAGGAGCUUUAGAUGCAUCAGGUCCUCUUAUGGGCACUCUUGCAUUUCAACAGUGAUAUUACAGUCAAACUCUUCAUCAGAGUGAUAGCAUUUCUAUGUCUUCACUGUUUAGUGACAACAAAGAAGCAGCUUUCUUACAGUUUACACUGUAUCCCUCCAACAAGUUGCAUCACAUGGAUAUAGUCAGCUUGCCAUUUUUUCCCUCUCUUGAAGUUUCUUGUUUCAGCAGAGCUUCCCCCAUUUCCCGGCAUUGGUAUCACUGGUGACCUGGUGCUGUUCUCUGUUGGAGUGUCAGGAUUACGCCAGCUUUUACAUUCGCUGGUUAGUUCCAAUUGUACGUUGGAAAAAAAGGGCUACAUUUAGGGAGGAAAGCCAAGCUACUGGAAUGCCAAGACAAAUGGCCGACUGGGCCAAUGCUCGCAUGUGGAAUACAUUUUUGCUGUCGGAGCUUGUUAUUCCUGUGUUGUCAGUGAUUGUUUGGGCUACUUAAAUGGCCGAUUUUCUCCUUGUUGCGUCAGUCACCUCUAGUAAUUUUUCAGUCACUCGUGAGCCUGUGACAUGCUCAGCAGGAUGAAAUUGGAACAGGCUGUAGGUGACAAGACUCAGCUUGGCAAUCUUAGGAGAAAUCUAGAAAGCCUUUGUUUGAGUCAGAGUCACACAUUCUUUAGAUAGAAAGUAUUAAAAAGGUUCAACCUCAGAUAAACAUAGAUAUUAAACAUUAAAGGUUGCAUUUACUUUGAAAAGGAAAAAAAGAGGGAAAAAAGUUAUCUUAAAUGAAUAUGGCCCUGAAAUAAUUCAACAGAAACCCAGUCAUUUAAAUCUUGUUUGGCACAAGUAAAACUUUCUGAGCAUGAAUGGAUGUAGAUAAGUGGUUGGACUUAAGUGAAAGCUUAGUUUACUGAAUGAGCAUUUAGUUUUAAAUCCUCUUACCCUCAGAGAUUGUCAAGUGCGACUUUAAAAUGCAUUUGCUGCCACAUGAACGCUCAGGGAAUCCCACAGCUUCACUUCUCUGAUGUGUUUAUGUAAGCACACUGCUCUAAAGAUAGCUAAUAGACAUUCAGCACUUCGUUUUUUUCCCUUCUAUCCCCAUCCAUCAAUGUGAAUUAAACUUGGCAUGUCACGUCUGCGCUAUGAGUUCCCAUAGAUUUCAGGAGAGCCCCUAACAUACUAUUUUUUCCUCUUGAAACACGACAGUGACAGUGAUGGAGGUUUUAUAAUUUGUGGCAAUUAUUGGGUCUGCAGUCUGGAGACAUGACACAUACUGCAACACCUGUUUUUGUAAUUCACGUUGAUUUUUGCUGUCAGAGCUGUGGUGUAGCUGUGAGACAGCAGAGGAGGAGGCAGACAAUUACACCAGCAUACUGUCCAGUCAAUCAGGACUUUGUGAAUGUUCCUAAACAGAUUCACAAUGACGAAAUUAACAUGUCACAGCUUAUACUUUAAUCCGUUAGUAAAAAGGCUUGCAUUGGAGGGUUGUGAAAUGAAAAACUGUGAUUUGUAUUUUUAGAAAUGGUUGAAAACAUUAUUGUAAAUGAAUUCUUGAUCAUCUGUGUAGCCUGAAUAAAAUCAGGAAUGUGCUUUUUCUGCUAAACAUAAAAAAAAAAUACUUUUAGGGAGCUUUUUAUUUUCUUUGGAAGAAGUUUUGCUGCUUUGUUACAUAGUUGAUGGUGUACUUCUCAUUAAUUAUGUGUGUAUGUAUGUAUAUGCUGUUUAUAAGGCAAAUAAUUUGCACUAAUCAAGGCACCUCGACUCCCAAAGUAAUCUAAAAACCCCCACCUACCUGUCUCUGAUAUUAUAUAUUUUUAAACCUGCUUAGUACUUCAGCCCUUCUAGCUCUCACUCUGCACGUCUCUCUCUCUCUUUUUGUCUCUGUUUCAGACAUCACUCGCCACCAGGUUUGCACAGGAGGCCUUUGGGAAGCAGUACAAACAAACCAUCGGCCUGGAUUUCUUUCUGAAGAGACUAAGCCUUCCAGGUGAGACACCUUCAUAAUCUUUUGGGAGCGCUGGCUUUUUCACAGACUCAGCAAUGAUACGCCUGUUGCACAAGAACGCAGUGGCAGACUGUGGACUUAUUAAUUCAAUAAAAUACAGUGGCGGACUGGUUUUACUGAAUAUUUCUGAUAUAUUUAUGUAUUUAAUUUUAUGGUUUAAAAAAGAUUGUAUUUUAAUUGACAGUCUAACAAAGAUGCCUCUUGUUCCAUCAUUGUAUUCUCUCAGAUUUUAUUUCUCAGGUUUCUAGCUCCGUUCAUAUUUUCUCUCUUCUCUCCUUUCUAAGAAAAGUUUGUCCUUCAGGUUACUCUGGAGCUGAAUGUGUCUUUUUUGGUAGCUCCUCAUUGUGGAGUGUCUGCCACUUCUCAGGCUUAUUCACUCUGAAAGCUCUUCUCUCUUGAGCAAACAGCACGUUUUUUUUUUGGACUCCACAAGGCCAAUGGACAGCUUAUGUCCUAACAGGCGAGCCUUGCUCAUAAUUCUGUGGGCACAGUACAGAGUAAAUACAUUAACAUUUUAUAUCCAUAUCACUGAUCCCCAAGAUCAACUGAUCUUUGUCCUGUACUACAUAAAACAUUCAUGUUCUUAUUUGUUUAUGUGGAACCCGCAGAAAUACAGCCACACUCUGUCCCACCUUAGAUCUGUAAAAGAAAUGUUUAUUGACUAAUGCUAUAUUUAGAAGAAAGCGAUCCAUUUUUACUUCCUACCAUGUGAAAUGGGGAUUUUCAGCAUUUUAAAUUGCGUUUCAAAAACUCUGCCAAGGCCUAAGCUCCAGAAAUCUGCAAAGUGCUUCCAUUCUUUCAUUACUAAUAAAACAACAUUAAGCGAGGGCAAAUUAAGUGCUAAAAGUAAAAGUUAUGCCGGUUUGUGAGUUGGCUGAAGGAUUGUGUUUUGAUUUUGUGUCAGUUUCAGCUUAUGAGACUUAGGAGAACUAAACCCCCAAAAAUGUUGUGGUGGAUGAAAAGAGCCAACCAAAAGCACAGGCUGCUCUUAGCUCCUUAAUGCGAACUUGAACAAAUGCUUUUAAUCAUCUGACCUCUCUUUCCAGUAAGUUUCUCCCCUGAAACCAUCACUGAUCUCUCAACUGUUAAAUGCAGCUUUUGUCUGACUGCAGAGUACGAGUCUGUAUCACUGGGCUGCAACAUCUCUGGGUCCGACACCGGAGUUGUUAAAUGGCCCAUUUUCUGGGGAAUUGGGUGUUGAUGAGCUGAUGAAGAGGAGGGUGGCUCAGCUAGGUGGGUGGUCCCGAGCCAGGACCCCCACCCUGCCUUGUAUUGGAGAGAUUGUGGCUCUACAGGUCUCAGUGGGGCUGUUAGGGUCUUUUGCAGCAGGGGGGAGAGUAGCCUAUAGCCAGUGUUGGCCCCUCUCACCAUGAAGGCCCAGCUUGUCAAACUUAAUGUACAUUUUCCAACGCAAGUAGAGGUGAGGCGAGGCUGACUGGCACACAACAGCCUCUUCUGUGCGUGUUUUUACAACAAUACCUCCUCCAGAUGUCUCAGCCAAGCCAGCGGUGUGGGCGAUGAUGUGGCCUGGGCCGGGGGAAAGUUUUCUUGAUAAGUUCUGUCAAAUUGAAACUUUUGGAAACCGUUUCAUCUGUGUGUUUCAGCUCACAGUAAGAGGACAGUUAUCUUUCAGUUACUGCGUGUUUCUGUUGCCUUGUUAUCAGCCUCAUGAUUCAUCCAUCUGCGCUUCAGUUUCUACUUCUUGCUACGAGUUUAUUAUCAGCUCUGUUGAGUCAGCAUAAAUCUUUAAAACAUAAAUAAAGCAUGUGUCCAGACUCGGUGGGAUGGGCGGGGAUGGCUCUUUAUAACACCAAGGAGCUGUUCAUUGCACUCCUCAAUGUAGCUUUACAUUGACACUGUAUAGUCUAGAUGUAGUGACUGUGAACCUCAGCGUUUCCUUCCUCUGCUUUAAAAAGGGGACUUAUGAAGGGGUUGAGCUGUCCAGCCGUGUCCACAGUGUGUACGCUCUACUCCCCAUCAUGCUGCAGCCCAGAGCAGGGCCCUCAUCACACCAACAUAAACUCUGCGCUGUCUCCCUCCUCCUUGUCUUCAACCACCGCUUUCAUUUUCCAGAGGAAGAAAAUAUGCAUUUGGAUUUUGUUUUUGUGCCCUCCUUCCUCUUUCAGCCUCGUGCACUUUUCCUCUUUCCGCACACAUGAGGACAAGAGUCUUCUUUUCCUCUUAUUUUCUCUUUAAUUAUUGCUAUUUUCCUCAACAGCACAUAAUUCUCCUCACUUUCUUAACUUGGCAGGACAUGACAACAUGAAAACAGCUCAACCCAGGCUAAUAAGAAGUCAUUUUUUAUACUGCCGGGGUGUAUAAGAAUGUUUAAAUUAGAGGGUGAGCGCACCUAUUCAUCCUUCUCGAUCUCUUGGCUGGAUAUUCUUGGAUGUGAGGUGUGGGUGACCUGCCAGACAAGAGAGCUUAGCAUGAAAGAUUAAUCGCUGAUUUAUUGUUUCCAUUAUGUACAUCAACAACAUUGACUUUUAUUGUAGAAAUGGUUUAGUGAAAAUACAGGCUCCAGUUACAGCUGACUCGUAAUUUCUUUAGGAUUAUUAGCUUUCUUAAAACAAAGGAAAGCCACAAAUUACAGCUUUUUUAUUUUAUUGACAAAAGGCAGCAUUUUAAAGAAAAGUAAAUGAACCUCCUCUCCCAAACAACCUCUAUGUUCCCUUUGAGGGUCUGAUUCGUUCACAUUUUUAUUCAAAGUAUUCCUGUCUCUUUUCUCUCCUGCAGGCAAUACGAAUGUGACCCUGCAGGUGUGGGACAUCGGAGGACAAACAUUAGGAGGGAAAAUGUUGGACAAAUAUGUGUACGGUGCCCAUGUAAGUUUGCACACACAGACACACUACAUUUUUUGGUGAUUUGUGCAAUUUUGUUCUUCUGCUUCCUCCUCUCAUCUAUAAGUCAUUUAUUCUUUCAACACAUAGCAAGAGAGAAAACUGUACAUAUUAAGGUUGUGUUUUCUAACACAACCUUAAUAUGUACAGGGACAAAGUCAGCAAAGAGAAAAGAGGCAUUUCAUUGUCCACAAGGGGCGCCAAAAUCAACACUAACAGAAAGUUCCUCAAAGGAGUUUUAAACAUGUUAACUGUCCACAACAAAAUAAAACUUUGACAUGCUGAACGGUUUGUAAAUGCAUAUUAAUUUUGCAUUCUAAUGUAAUGACCAUUUUACCAUUUGGAGUAUGUAAGGAGGACCUGCCUGCAAUCACUACAGAGAUCCAGCAGUGGUUUCAUUGGUUGUAUAUAUUUAAAAAAAGGUAUGGGGAGCACAAAAGAAACUGAUUUUCUGGUGUUAGUGGUUAGAUUUUUUAUAACUGCAUCAGAGGAAGCUACUUUUUUCUAUUUCAGUAAAAUCAUAAACUAUUAUUUGGUGAGAAGACAGGGCAGAAGAGUUUAGAAAUUUGUUGUUUCUGUUUCAUUUUAUGCCAAAAAAGUUGCUUAUUUUGUAUUCGAAUUUGUAAUGAUGUUCUUGUAUUGUAUUGUAUGUAUUGUAUUUGCAUAAUGUAGGUCCAGACUUGUAGCUAUAAAAAUAAAAAAAUUGGCAAUUUGAAGUGAAAUUAUUAAAAGUAAUCUCCAGUUUUAUAAAGAGCCAAGCCAACCUGUGAAUGAGCAUGAAGUAGGAUAGGCUACAGAUUGAUAUAUUUACUCUCAUUUAAUGAAAAACUCAUCUGAAAUGACCACUGAUCUCUCUGGCUGUCUGUAACUUGUGUCAGACUGUGCUCAUUUACUCUAGUGGCAGUGACAUCAGUGCUACAGAGGAAGCUUUUUGCAAUAGAUAUGUGCUAUCUGUCACAUAUUCACAAAGACAUUUCUGCUACAGAAGCUAAAUAAAUGUUAGUGCGGCUCUAAGCCCUUCACGUCUGCAGCCCUGUCUGUCCUUCACAAGCAAUAUGUCGUACAUCAAUGCCAAAUUACGACACUUUGCUUUGAGAGUUUCUCGUCAGCGCUUCAUAGAACUUUCACACCUAUUGUUCGGCACUGUGCGUCCUGUAAUCAAUCAUGGCUGUUGGGAGAGACUGGCAGUAAUUGUCAGAGGUCUGAGCUGUCGUCACCGACCUCGCAUGUUGUGACAGCGCGUGUCUGCCGAACAAAAAGCAACAGACACCCCUACAGUCAUGUUGCAUCAUGCAGUAAAAGUCGAGACAUAUUCCAUGGCUCACCUUAAUUUCCAGUAAAAGCUUACAGAGUGAUAGCAGACAGGUGAGACAAGUGAUUAUUUAUCUUGAAUCAUGCCAACAGCUCUCGUUUUUUUGUUUACUCUUUGACUAAUUUGUAUGUCCAUGUAAAGUGUUUGCUCAGACGUGGCUCUGAAGUUGCUGAAGAAGUAUCUUCAGAAUAUCUUUUCUGCGUUGAAUUCUACUCUGUGCUUAAAAAACUAAAAUGUUCAUACGACUUAAACACUUAAAAGUGAUCAGAAUCCCUCUGAAGCCCCCAGAAAUUAUUAGUAAGUGUGCCCCCCUCUGAGUCUGUCCCCUCCUCUAUGAAGAGGAGCACUGCCACCUACUGUUCCCUUAGUCCCAUAGUAGUACUUAUGAUGAUACGAAGGUACAUGGACUAAAGCUUUGUGCUCACAUUAAGUAUAAUGUAGGAUAAUGUCUUUGUGCUUUGUUGUUCUUGAAUGCUCUGUUGCAGGGAGUUCUCUUGGUUUACGACAUAACGAACUACCAGAGCUUUGAGAAUCUGGAGGAUUGGUUCAGCAUGGUGAAGAAGGCCAACGAAGAGUCUGACAUCCAGCCUGUUGUCUCCCUGAUUGGGAAUAAAAGUAAGGAUUACACAUGCACUUCCUUUUUAAUCCUUUUAUUCAGCCUUGAAAAAGUUUGAAGACAGCUUUAUCUUGAUUUCCACUGAGAAAUCUACACAUUCACUAUUAUUGCCGUGCACUUUUGGAGUGAAUUUUUUCUGUUUAUUUCGCCUUUGCACAUUUUUCAUUUGGCGUGUCUGUGUUUGUGUGUGAAGGAGUGAGUGUUUGAUGGUUGCAGACGUGUUUGUUAAAGCACCAGAUAACUGAUCGGUAUGAUAAGCCAGUUGAUAAGAGGGUGAGGUUUGGGAGCGAUGGGAAUGCUGAUGUUUGUGAACUCUGGGGAGUGACUGACGAUGAUUUAAGAUCCACCAGCAAACGAACAUGAGGCAUUGCUUAUCAGUGCCCCCUCCUUCCCACCCUCCACCCCCUGAGCUCGAUCCUGUGCUUCUGUCCGAAGUCGCUGGUUAAGGAGAGAAACCCCGAUGUUAACCAGAUGGCUCUCCUCCUAUCAGCUCGCACCCAUCCACCCAUCUCCAAAAUACAGAGUAAUAAUGAUGACUCUUUUAAACAUCCCUCUGACAGAUGUGGAGUCACGGCUGCCGCCAUGUUGUUGUAAAGUGGGGCGUCAGAGUGUGUGAGUAGCAGUGACUCUCCACCUUCCUGAGUAAUGAUGAACGGUCAACAGAGUAGUGCCAGCGCGCAGGAAGCUCUCGCUAAUGUUACUCAACAGGGGCCACGGGUCACGCUUUAAUUCGCCUGUCUCGAGCAGAUUCUCUUGUCUUUGCAUCAGUUGCAUCACUUAAUGCCUCGGCUCGAACAGCGGGCGCCUCUGUAUUUAGGCUAGGUUUUAGCCUCGAGGGUGAGUGUUUGUACUGUAAUAUUUAAGUUGCGUUCAUCCUGCUGUCAGGCUCCUCACCCCCACACUCACAAAGUCUUCUCCCCUUAAUAGCUCCAUUGCUGAGAAUGGCCAGUGUCUGUGUUUUUUCUAUUCCUGUGUUCCUGCACUCUGGAAAAAAGAAAAACAAAAUCCCACACAGAUUACCCCACGAGGAGCAAUUAAUUACCUUGCAAGACUUCAUCAAUCCAUGAACCCUCCCAUGGGCUUCUUUUUCUCUGGGACCCUGGUGAGAAGUAGUCCGGUUAACUAUCUGUAAAUGGCACACUGUCUCACAAACCUAGCUUCUAGCCUUUUUAAGUAUUGUCGUAGUGGUACUGUCUCAUAAUUUCCCCCACUUGAAUACUUGGCACACACAAGCAAAAAAGCUGACUGUAUGAUCACACAGGAUUCUUUUGGGAGCGAAGUUAAGAUUUCUUUUUAAUGGUUCCCAUGAUGUGGGACUGAGUGAGAAAACAUGUUUGUGACAACCAAAAUAGAAGGACAGACAUAACAAGGAGCUUACAAAAACACUGCAGAUUUAUGUCUCUGCGAGGACCCAUCGAGGGAGAUUGUGGUGUUUCACCCAUCAGAAGUUUAAAGUGUUUCCACUUAGGCUGAACACUGACUGUGAAUGAGAUUGACAUAGCAGGACUUACUUUGGUCGCAGUUUGGAUCAGAAGUGCUUCGUGUGGAGAUUUAAGUUUCAUUUCUUCUCCACUGAAGAUCUGAUACAGAAUUGAAAAAAAUGCAGCAUUUGUGAGUACUCUUUUUACAUAGGAGGCUACAAUCAAACGGGACUCUGUCUGGCUUGCUAGCAUUACAUGUGCUCAGUGUACAUUGAGCUUUAAAUUUCCUGAAUUACCCAGUGCCUGCCGACUGGUUUAAUUUGAACACUAUCCUCUUUGCCCAGUGUGCGUACGGUAAUUGAGCCUACAGAGGAGACCGGUUCGUUAAUGAUACUGUCCCCUCCUCUGCUUACCCUGGCCUGACUGCCCUCCUGUGCCAUGUCGCAGCUCGGGGAACAACCUUUCCUUUCUUCGGCGCAGCGUGGCCAGCUGGGGUUAAGUGUGCUUGUUAAGCACCAGUAUGCUGCACUCCUGUGCCCUCUGCAUGCUGCCUAGAGUCUUUUUUUUUAUGAAUAACAGCACCACUUGUAACAAUUCAGAAAAGAAGCCAGUGAGAUGUUUUAUUAGUAGGCACAUACAGUUGUUAAUGCAGCCGGGCUUACCCGCCACAUCCACGGACAGACGCUCACGGGGAAACAUGCGCUGAGGUGAAGCGACACACUUGUGGAGUUUCUGGGAACACACGUGUGUAAUGGAAGAAUGCUAAGCUCUUAGUCUGUCUAAACAUACUAUAACUGUUUAUUACAGCACAGGCCAGUGUUACACUAUAUGCUACACAGGAACCUCUCAAAAGAAAUGUUGGCUUGUUGCUCAGUCAUCUCCCCCACUGCUCAAGUGUUUCAUAUUUGGAGACUAAUAAGUGCUCGAUGUUAUGAUUGGGCUUGAAAUGAUUAAUUCUUUUUCUCUUGUGCUUCACAAAUGUUUCAAGAAUGUUUGCCUUUUAGGAUAGAGAUCGACUGGCCUCAUUUAGAAGAAUGUGGUAUGCUAUUAACAGGCAAUAUCCAUAUUUUUGCAUGUUUUAUCUGUCACCGCAUAUCAUAUCUGAACGGGGCCAUCAUCGUUUUUAAAAUAAGUCCUGUUACUGUUCUAAAUCAGAAAACAUAUUUCUUUGUAGACAUCAAGUCUGCGUCAUUUAUCAAGCCAAUUUGUUUUUAUGAAGUAGGGAUUGCAGGACCCCUGCUCGAUCCCCACCCAUCACCCAUCCCAUCGCUAGCACUCUCUCCCUCAAGAACUCCAGAGCAUCCAUCAUGGGUUUGUACAGCCCUUAUUUGGGUGACUUAAAUGGGUUCAGUUCUCUUAACCCCUCCUCAUCACUCAUGGCUUUUUACUCUGAGGUUCUAACGCCGUUCACUGCUGAUCCACUCAGGCCUGCCAUGGGAAACGUUCUCCAGUUCAUGGAGAUAAGGUCCCCGCAUGAAGACACUUUGUACACUCAAUUACGUCUUACCCAUCUUUCUCCUCUUCUCUGUUUCUUUUUCCACUGUCUUUCUCCUCGGAGUCUUUAUCUUGUACCAUCUCUCCAAACACUCUUGCACAUUCAUUUUCAUCCUUGUGCAAACAUUAACUCUUUCAGUCACACACUUAGAGCGACUCUUAACGCUUAUCUCUCACAUGUGUAGACCAACACUUCUCCUGUUGCUGCCUUUACUUACAGUAAUGUCUUUUCAUUGGCUCUGUGUCUCUGUUGUGUUAAACAACAUGCGUGUGUUUGCUUUCUGCACGCUAUGGCAGAUCUUACCACAUACCGUUACCCGUCGCACUUCUCUCUCCACAGUUUUCCAUCCAGCCAUGUGAAAGUUAAAGCGAAACAUGGAUCUCCCCUAACUCUUGAUUCUCAUGAAGCAUGUCCUUGCCACCAACAUUGUUGGUCUUGAGUUGUUUGGCCUCUUGGCAAGAGUUUCCCCCCUUCCCCAGCUCUCUCGCCCCCAUCACCUCCCUGCCCCUGUAAAGCUGCCACAGUUCCUGUCUGUUCAGUGCAGGCCUGCACAUUUCUUAAUAGAGAGAUGCUCAGAAGUCCAGGAGUGCAGAGGAGCUCAAUGCGCUUCUGUUUUUGGUUUAGCUCAAAAAUGUUUUUCCUGGCUCAACCCACUCGUACUUAGGUCCUCUUACAACAAACUAAAAGGUCCUAAUUGCCCCCAAGGGAAAGGUUAGCCACAAUAGACAUGUGGUGGGACAAAAGCCCAGUACUCUAACUCGGCACCCUCACCCCUCCCCAGAUAGAGGGGAUGAACACGUCAGCAGUGUCUGUUUUGCACUGUGGGCAGCGCGACCACAGGUUAGACGCUGUAAAACGUUAUAUAUACAGUAUAUAGAGCCAGUAAGGGAGGGCGUAUGGUCGGCUACAGAUUUGGAAUGUUUACAGUUUACAGCAAAUCCAGUGUUUCCUGUUUCUCUUCACAUUUUAUUAAAGGUAAAGGGUCAGAACAGUCGUGUGUAUCAAAUUAUCUCUGUAACCGCACUGACUAUAGCCUGCCGUCUCUCUGUGAAUCUGGAAAAGAUUGGAAAUAAAGAUUCAGGUUUCAACAAGAGUACUGAAGGAUGAUUGAAGAAUACCAGCUGUAUUACGCUGCGGCUGAUAAGUUGGUGUAAAAUAGCAGCUGCAGAUGCUGAGACGUGUGUCCUCCUGCAAUUCAGUAAAGGGUUGUCUAAGCCUACUUAGGUCGCUGAUAGAAGAUUUCUCCCGCUCAGCGUUGAGUUUAUGUAACAUGGAGCAGAAGUUUGCCAUUUGUUGCGUUGCUCUGAGGCUUAAUUGUAACAACUGUUUAACCCGGCUCUCCUCCCUGCUCUCAUCUUUCUUGAGUCUCAUGCCUGUCGAAACAUGGAAAGUCCUCAUUCAUUUUAGCCAUCCAUAAAGCAAAUAUUGUUGCACAUGCAGAAGAUGAUCAGUCUUCGCAUACCUUCUUGUGUGGUAAGUCAUGGGCCAUUUGAGUUGCACAGCAAAGCUUAGCCACCUGACCUGAGAGCAGCCUGGAGCCCUCAUCAUGCUCAGGCUGUACUUUAUUUCUACGCUGCUUCACAACAUUGAUAUGGAGGAAUUCCUGGAAGAGGUCUUGCUGACACAGGGUUGGGUAAAUAACUGAUUGAUCUGGAUCCACAGGCAUAUAUUUAAAAUGUGUGUGAACGAGCAACAGUUUCCCCCUCCUUUAUCCCCAGGUCUACUUUCUUGUUGUGUAAAGUUUUACUGUUUUGCGCCCUUUUAAAAGUUUUUACCCAGCUUUCAUUUGCUCAGUCAUUCAUGAACUUAUCAUCAGUUCUCAACAGUGAAAAUGAAUUUAUAUAUGCAGGCUGUUUGAAAGCAUCAUCCCGCACAGAAAGACUAUAAUUAUGAAUAGACCUGUGGGGAUGGGAUGCGUACAAUAUGAAAGCUCCCCUGUGGUUUGUAUAAUUAUUAUGGCUCACAGUUACAGCGCCGGCUCGCAGAGUCGUGUAUUACCUCUCGCCCAUAAAAGACCACUUAGUUUAACAGCAACAGGAGAGCUUGGAGGACAUGGCCAGUGAAACCCCGGGCAGCGUCUUGUGCGGUCGGCUCAGAACUGGGCCUUUUGUUCACUUUUCAUGAGUCCUGGGAGCCCGUUAACCCAGCCUGCGAGGCCCUUUGGCCCCAUGUUUUACUGUAGCAGUGACAGCCCUGCUCUCCAGCUCUUUCUCCGCCUGGAGAGCUACUGCUGGACGCUGUUUUACAUUCUCUGCGACUGGGAAGGAACACCACAUUGUUUUACUGGCCACUGUGGAGUAUCUGAUUAGGUUUUAAAGUGUGAAAGUCUUUGUGUGUCUGUGUGAGUGCACAUGGUUUCAUGGAGAACGAUCAAAUGACAAGAUGAGCUGUGAUCAAUGAGCUGUCGACAGAACACUUCUGACCUAGUGGAAAGCGAGUCCCCUGACGGUCCCGGCCCGCUUCAGGCCACCGGGGCAGGGGCCGGCAGCACAAAGAGCGCUCUGUCUCUGUCAGGAUCCCCCCCCCCCCCCAGGACUCCUGCACCGGCCCCGCUCACCUCCACAACACCAGGCUACUAACAGCACUUCAUCUGUCCGUACUUACUCCUAAAAGUCAUGAUAAUAUUAUUGACUUACCCUGAAUCUUUAAUGUUCUGAAUGUUUUUAGAUUUUUUUUCCGUAACAAGUCAAAUUCUUGUGAAUAAACUUUUACUGACUAAUACCACAAAUGUUGCUAUAAAUCUAAAAACAAAUUGCUGAUGUGCUAUGAAAUUGCACUAAAGCUGACGCAGCAUUACAUAAAAUAAUGGUCAGUUUUAGGCAGUUCUGCACUAAAUAAAGAUGUUUAGGUCCUCUGCUACAAGUACUUCAUACCUACACUGAUAGGGUUUAAUAUAAUGAGUAUGAAUAGUGUUUGCAUUGGUUGACUUUUAAAUGAAUGGUGUCUUAAAAGUAAAGAAAACUCACCGUCUACUGCUACACCUCUGUCUAAUAUCUUAUUUUAGAGUUGGAAAAUGGCACUGGGAACCAGCCAGGUUUUUUAUGAGAAAGGUAUUACUGUUUGCACUAACAUUGUACUGUCCAUAUUUUAAUACAGGUAAAAAAAUAAUUCAAGUCAUUCAUAUUUCAAAACACUCCACUUUUAUGAGCCCGCCGUAAGUCAUGUAAACCAGUCAGGCCCAGUCAUUUAAACGCUUCACAUAAAUUCUCUCAGUCAUUUUGUUUUAUUAGGCACUUGUGCUGUGAAAGUUAAAUUAAUGUCCAGUUGAAUCAGGCAUCACACAGAAUGAUUAAUAAUAACUUUUACUGCCUUCUCAAGCUAGUAAAUGUUUCACAGUGUUGUACCUGAAACUUUAAAGGGAGAUAAAAUGUCUCUUGCAAUUAAUUCUACCUGAUUCAACCUGGAGCUAUUAGGCUUUUAGAGGAGGGUGUUUUACUUCUUUGAAUGAGUCUUGCAACUAAAUAACCGCUCAUUUAGAAGAUGAAGUAUGUGCAGUAAGAAAUGUGGAAUCAGUUUUUGCUUAUGUUUUUUAAGUAAGGUAAAGGACAAUCAAUGCUUUUAUGUUCGACAGAUUUAUAAGUAUGUUGAGAAACAUUUCUGAUAGUGAUAUCAAUACAACGUUUGGCUGUUAUGUUGUUGAUUUGGACACUUAAAGCUACCCUGAAGAGUUUAUGACUAUCUGUUGUACUACUGAUUAUUGUGUUAUAUUAUUUUAAAUUGUCAUGAAUAAGCAUUUGAUCAAGCUCAGGCAAACUACAAGUGUUUUUUUAUUACUCAAUAUAAGGUGAUGAAAGUGACGUGCAUCCAUAGACUGUAUAUAGAAUUGAUGCCGUCUGCCUCCUCACUGGAUAAAGCCACUCUGAGAACAGCACCCUCUGGUGAUGGGCUGCAGUAUAGGUCAUAAAUCCCGCCUCCGCCAGCAGAGCUCAGGGGGUCAAAGGAGGAGGAGGAGACCAACACAAUGCAAUAUAAGUUAAUAUUAAAUUGCAAAACUGUCUGUUUCAUUUUUUCAUUCAUUAUCAUCUGCAAUGCAUAAUGGGAAAUCUUUCUUUAUGCGAGUAGUGAAGGCAUCACUGGUAUUUUCUAGGUGGUUGAAAAGGAUCCCAUAGCACCUAUCCCCUCUUUGUGCAGCAAAAUGCAGUUUGCAGGAACUUUAAAGCCUAAAAGCGAUCUGCAUCUUUCUCAUACACAUACCAUGACCUAAGUCUUCAUUCAUAGUAUCUGAACUGUUCAGGGUGGUCUGACUGUAUCACGGUCCAGCUUUAAUCUGUUGCACCACUAACAAAAACACACCAAUGACUUUGUUCACAUAUGGACAAAGAUGGCAUAAAAACUCUGUAGGAGAAAAGCACAUUUCUGAGUGAGUUAUUAGCCACUGUUCUUAUGUCAUUUUAUUUCUACAGCAGAACUAAGCAGAAGAAACUCCCAAAAACCCAUUACAAGUAAGAGCUGUUCAAAGUGUCUGGGAUGUUUUUCAACUUGGUGGUGCAUAGUGAGUAAUUUUCCUAGACAGCUAUAAGUCAUUUCAUUAAAAGUUGGACGAGCUUUGACAGUUCUCUCUUGCCCUUACUGUGCAGUCUAAAUCGGUAUUUGGUCGUCAUUGAGGGGAAACAGAGGCAAACCGUCUUAACAGGGUCUUAAAGGCGUAGUGUGAGGUAAUGUUGGAUGUGAUAGGUUCUCCCCUGUGGUUGAUUAGGCCCAACCCUGUAACUUUCACUUAAUGCGAUAUGACCCCUCAGAGCCCCAAGUCUCUAACAAUGCACACAUACGCCCCACAAUUACUACCACACACAGGCACUUACACAUACACACAACAUGCAUAGUUCACACAUCACACACCCUCAGCCUCCAUUCUCCCUGCUGCAUCAACUGCUGUUUGUCUUAAAACCAGGCUGCUGGCAAAUAAAUGUGUUAUGUCAAGCUUUUUCUCUGGCUGUUGCUCGUAAGGUAAACUGUUCCAAUUGGUCCCCAGCAGCUGACCAUUGAAUAGUAAGUAGGUGUCUCUGUUAUCACAGCGUGGUUUUAAAAAGCCCACUGAGGAUCACACAGUGUAGUGUAGGAUUUCAGACUGGUGAUCCAGCACUGGGCUGUUACCUCAUUGUCGAGCUUUGGCUACAUUUGAUGGUGGAAUCUAAAGGAAAAAUCCAACCUUGAUUUCUCACAUUGCAGACAUCUGGCCUGUUGCAGCGUCCAUGAGAAUAACAAAAGAACAUAUUUGGGAAACAAGGUACAAUGUCAGUAAUCCGCUGCUUCUGGUGGGAGUUUUUCCUCUUUAGAGUCAGUACAUAUUAAAGAAGUCUUCAAAUCAAGAUUGAACAAAACCUGUUGUAGUCAAAAAUAAUAAACAUAAUUUAUUUAGCUUUUUUCCGACAUUUUGUUAAUUCGAUUCCCUUUCACUACUUGUGCAACUGCUAUCCUUUGUUUUGGCAUUAUCAUUAUUAGUUAUAGUGGCAGCAUUUUACUGCUUCUCUUAAAAAAAAACGUACAUCUUAGGAAUAAAAAAAUAAUCAGCAAACUGACUCUGUGAUAUCACCAGCAUUCUCAGCGUACCUCUUGUUCAUGUUUAAUUUAAAAGACUGUUGACUUGACUUGAUAUAGAAAGUUUAAAGCUCCUGUGAGGAGUUUUCUAACAUGUAUAAAAUAGACAUUUUCACUGAUUCCUUUUUAUGACAUACAAAAGCAAACGAGACCAUCUGAUACAGGAUUACCAACUUUUAUUUUGUCAUUUUUAAUGAAUGAAACCAGAUCAAGGGGGUAGGUAGAAAACAGCCCUUCUUUUACAACCUCCACAAAUUUAUCUCCAAUAAAUAAUCAAUUUGACUUUCAAAAGUCAGAAUGAUGUGAUGUUUGGUAGAAGACUACUUCAGCAUGUAGAGGACAAGAGAAGUAAAGACUGCUUUGUCCACAGGGGGUGCCAAAAUUGACAUAAACUGAAACUGAAAGUUCCUCACAGGAGCUUUCAUGUAUUUUGAAAUUCUCAGAAGGUGCCCCCAAUGCCUGUUGCAUGUCUUGGAUAUAUCUAAAGGACGUUAAACUCAGUUUAUUCGUCACACAGCAUAAUUUUAUUCUUACAUUUUCUAUACUGUAACCCCACAAAGUUUUUACGUAUUAAUGUUGUAUUUCAUGAUUACCAGCUCAUCACUAUAUACUGGCAGUUUUCUUUGUUAGCCAAUAAAACACACCUCUUUACUUUCAGCCACUUAUUUAAUUUAUGUCAAUAUUAUUUUAGUAUAGAUUACUCAGUUAUUAAAUUUAAGCCAUUGGCUCUCAUUUGCAGAUAAUAUGAUCAAGCAGUCACUGAAAUAACGGACCAGUUUUUUAUGGUCAAAGUUCAAUUUAUCCAGCAGAUAUUUAUCUUUAGCUGUUGUCUUGUGAUUCACCACAAUGACAGGCAGACCUUUUAAAUAAACACUGAUGGUGACCAGAGCGCAGCGAGGCCAUCGCUCUUAACGAGUAAUGAUCUCCUCCACUAUCUCUAUGUGCUCUGAGGCCUAAACAGUUUAUUUCGUGUUUGCAGUCACUUCCUAGGGGUUGUUAAGCUGAUGUACAGUUUGACAGAAAUGGAGGGAAACCAGAUCAUCAGAGGGAGAUUGUUUUGACCUGAUAAGUAGAAAUGGGUACAUUAGGGAGAAAAAUGGAGCAAAACACUAAAACUGUAGGAUUAGUGUUGUAUUCACUUUAUAUAGACAGAUGACACAUGCUGCAAAAAUCCUUCAUGUGAGAAUGUCGACUCACAAUAAUUCUGUGCACAAAUCAGAACCUGCAAAAAAAGUGACUUUACUCAUACAAACAGAGUAAUUUCUCCACAACAUCUUUGAAGUAGAUAUUCUGGGCUCUAUUCUGGGUAUAUUAUAGGUAGUUUCUGAGUAUUUUAAUUUUCUAAUUCAUAAAAAAAGUUAUUUUGUUCUGCAGAAAUCUUAACCACUUUACAGCCAAUCACAUUUAAAUAAUUCUCACGCAACUGAGAGUUAAAAUACUUCAACAGAUAUGUAGUUUGCUCUGUCUGUAUUAAUCAGAACAGGAAGUCAUUUUCUCAUACAUGAUAAACACAUCACUGACACUUACACAAAGUGUAUUUGGAAGUGUUUUCAUAAGUAAAUCAGCUUCUUCUUGACCGUUAGAUAAUCUCCCUUCAGUGUAAGUUAUUCAAACACCCAGAAUACUUUAAACUGGAACUAUGAUUCAAAGAAGACCUCAGCAUCAAAUUUUCUAUCAUUUCUUUUCAACCCCAGCUGACUCUCUAAAUAUUUCUAUUUCAACUACAGCUCCUCUAAGGCGUCUUCCAAACCCAACUAUCAACAUUGACCCCGCAGCUUUUAGCACACGCUAGCAUACUCUCAUCAUCAUCAGGAUUCCCCUGUGCCCUGAAACCCUCCUUUUUCCAGAGCCUAAAUCUAAAUUUCCACUCUUCUUUACGCACAUACUCACAGAGAGGGUUCAUAAACCUAACUCACCUUUCUACUUACAGUAACGUGACUUCCACAGCUCCUAAGCUGCUAUGUUAACGUUGGCUAAUCUGGUUGUGACACAUGAUUGAUUACCUUUCCCAAGUGUGCAGGAUCCAAAGGAUUAGCCGUGUUUACAUCUAGUAGCAUGUUGGGUACCUCUGCUGUUAAUGACUGGAAUUAAUAACCUGCUGACGCCUAUGAGACAGCUGUGUUUAUGUACGGGCAGAGACAUGACAGUCUGCCGUGGGUAUGAGUGGUUGUAAAAGUGUCUGCCCUCGUCCAGAAAGGUUUGUGUUUAUAUGUCACUUACGAUGAUGGGAGUAUUCAAUUUAGCCUCAAGUGAUUACCCACAAAUUAUUUUUGUUAUUAUGGAUCGGCUUUUGACAUUGUUGGGUCAUAUGACUUGCUGAGAUAUUAAUAAUACAGGAUUAUUGCAGUGUUUACAUUUAUUCCUCUCUGUGUAUCUGUCUCGUUCUUUCUUUGCUUCCUAAUAUACCCCCACCCCUCUCUCUCUCCCUCACACACACACACACACACACACACACACACACACACACACACACACACACACACACAUACAUACACAGUAAGGGGCAUGAGAACAGGGAAAAUCCUUGACAACUUCAAUAAAACCUCACACAAAGAAUAAAACUCGGGGGGACAAGAGAAAUGCAACACCGUACAGUAGCCUGACCUCUUCCAGCUACCAUAGACAUGUAUGCACCAGAUACCGGGCGUGGCUGCCUUCCCGCACAAAGCCAGAAAUAAAGACAGCAGCUAUUGCUUUCAGCCGCAAGACCCCCGGGUGACCUUCUCCAUCGACCCCUCCAUGACCCCAUAGUAGGGAAGGAGAGAAGCAAAGCACAUGGUAUCACUGCACAGGAGUCGAAUGCACAUCACAAUAGCUAAAAAGGAAGGUGCUGUCAUUGUGAGCUCACAGUAAAUCAGCAUGGAGGUGACAGUCCUAGUUCUUGGUCCUGCGUGCCCACCUUAAAGGCCGGCACACUCAUAAGUCAAACUGUUUUCUCCAUCUACGCUCUCACUGUGAGUGUAGCCUGAAGACUUUGCAUUGUUUCUUAAGCAUUUCUCCACAGCUGGCCUGGUUUGUCUUUUUCGGGUCAAAUAGAGGUUCAUAGCUUCAGGGUCCAACCGUGCUAGGUUUACACCGAGGAAUGUGUCACAUCAAGCUUUAAUACCAGGUAGCAAUGAAGCUUGAGGCUACCAAAUUGAUCAUUUCCACUCGUACAGCUCCCCAAGAAUGACUCCCUGAAAUAUUACGAUAGAGUAAUUUGUGGACUCAGCAACAUAACAAUUGAGAUAUGCUUUGUUUUUACUUGCAUAUACGGACUAUUUCUCCACAGCGGGCAGGCUCCUUUCCAUCUUAACUCAAGUAUAAACAGUUAUCUUUUCUGUUUGGGUCCAGAUACGCGACAGUUAACCCUGCAAGAGUGCUGUUUAUCCACUGUGUAAAUGUAUUUAUCUGUCCUGUGCAGGGUUUUUGUAAUGCUGUGUUUCAUCCACAGUUGACCUGGAGCACAUGAGGACAGUGAAGGCUGACAAACACCAGCGUUUCUGCCAAGAGAACGGCCUCAUCAGUCAGUUUGUGUCGGCCAAGACAGGGGACUCGGUUCGUACCGGCUAAUUCACAGAGCUGAAGUAAAAAUAUUGAGUACAGAGUGACUUAAAUGAGACUUACUUUGUCUCUUUUAUUCUUAAUGUGUCUCUUCUCAGGUGUAUCUGUGUUUCCAGAGAGUUGCAGCUGAGAUUCUGGGUGUGAAGCUAAACAAAGCAGAAAUCGAGCAGUCCCAGGUGAGCAAUAACCCCAAUCAGGUCUUUUCUCCAGUUUCACUUAGCUGACUGUGCAGCUGCCACUCGUGCAAAAGCCAAAAUCACUUUCUCAAAAACAGGAGAGAAAAAAAAAAAAAACUUUUCAUUACUUCUUUGCACUUAAACAGCUGCUGUUAAGAAAUCUCUUUUUAUAACCACUUGAUAAAAGAGUAAAAGUCUCAGGUGGGGUCUUCUCUCCAUGUAUUACUUGCAAUGUUGUGCCUGAACUUAGGGGAGGUCAGACUGAGUGUACCAGGUCAACAAAGGUCACCACACACUGUAAAGGACCUUUAGUCGUGUAAACACAAGUUUGUUACGUCUGCCUCCAGUGAUGGUCUACCUGCCACUGACACUGCCCAUCUGUAAAGAGAGCCACAUUGACCGCAUUAGCGCGUGAAGUCAGAGGUUAGAGGAAGGCAGUCAGAGGGGCGAAGAGGUCAGGGUUGGUUGUCUGAUUUAUUUGGUUUAUCUCCCACCGUUUUGGGGCAACACAGGGUCUCAGACUGCCAGUCAGACCAAGGUGCCCGAUGGUGGCAGCUGGAGGAUUUACAAGGUCACCUCCCCCAGAGGCAUUAAUCCUGUGUCUGAUAUGAACGCCUGGAGCCACUCUGGCUGGGUAGUGGUUGAUGAGCCUGGGGUCUACAGAGAGGUCAGGACCCUCAGAGAAGGGAGAGCAUGUAUGGGAAGGACUGGUCAAAUUCUCAAGACCCUCUCCCAUCACCAACGCUGCUGCUGCUGACCAGCAGAAAUUGACCAUGGACUAAUGUAGCUGAACAUCUACCUUUCUCUUAGAAAAAACAGAAAGCUUUGAUCCAAGAUUAUAAUUUACAGAGGGCUUUAUUUAUUAGAUCUCCUUAGAAAUGGAUCUAAAUAUUCAAACUGAUUUACAGUGAAUUAAAGGAAAAACAGAGAAGAUACAGUAUAAUCAAACAUGCAGGGUUGCAGAGUCUCAGCAACGAAGAAGGUAAGGAAGGGGAUUUUUAUGCACCAGCCAAAAAAAUACAUUGAACAACAAGAUUAAAUUUGCAAUGCCUACACAAAUAAAAAUGUAAUGUAGGCAGUAUUAUGUUUUCUAUAUGUGUAAAUCAGGUUUUAUCCGAUUUCAGGUUUUUCAUUAUUUGUAUUUCAAAAUAAAAGUCCACUGAUUUGAUCGACUCCUGCAACUAAAAGUUCCAUAAUUAAUCCUGAUACUUGUUUGUCCAGUCAUGAAUUUUAUUGGGCGUAAAGUGUAAACAGUAAAACAUUUCAGGAGGGAGUCUACUUAUUAUUUUGUCAAGACAAAAUCCAGAAUCCAAAACAUUUUACUUCUUACUAAUAUGGAACAGAGAAAAGAAAGAAAAUCUUCACAUGGAGGGAGCUCAAAUUUGAAGAUGUGUGGCGUAAAAUAAUGACUUCAUGUAUGUUUGGCGUAUGGACAUGCUGUCUGUGUAUUUAAAUCUUAAUACAAUAAACAAUGAACACAAAUUCAUGCUGAAGAAGUAAAGGAUCGGCGAUGAAGUUUUGUCAUGGUUACAGAAAAGAGGCUCUGAGCGGGUCACGGCUUUGGGUCUAGCCAUGGGGCCAGGGAAGCCUCAUUAUCAGCUGUCAGCUUUGGAGAGUCGAACAUGAGGGUCACAACCCCCUGACAGUAUUGUAUCUGCCUGACAGGCCUCUCUGUCAUGGUACUCUGUCUGCUGGAUCAGAUAGCGAGGCCUUGGAUCACUCACUGACUCUGACACCAGGCCACGGCAGAUCGUUAAUCAGGCAGCCAACCAGAGCCUGCGAUUCAGCAUGAGUGGUCAGGUCUGAGGCAGUUGCGCGGCAAAAAGUGAAUCAUAUCUUGACUUUUUUUCUUUUUGCAUUCCAGGGAUAAUGAUUCGAGUACAGACAAAAGAAAAUAAAACAGUGACAGUCUUAGUUGUUUAAACUGUCGAAAACACGCAACACGUUUCUUGAUUCUGUUCUUCAUAAGUUGCGUUUCUCAGGCUUUUCAUAAAUGUUGGAAAAUACAGUUCACUAAAGGAUUUAUUAACUUUUAUUUCCUCAUUUUAUUUUUAUUAUGAUUAAUAAUAAUAUUAUUAUUAUGUGUGCGUCUGUACAUGGAUACACACAUGAUUAUAAUUACUUGUAAUUACUUAAUGUUCUGUUAAAUGAUGAUGAUUGUUCUUCAAAUCCUAAAAAAAAGUUGAUCACAAAAAAAGGAUAUAUUUGCUUUUUAGACUUUUUGAAAAAUAAUCUUCCUUUGGGAUCCAGGGAAUGAUGUUAAUAUUUAAUUAGUGUUUUUAGGAGUGAUAAAUAACCAAUGGGCGAGAUUAUAAUGGAUUACAGUCACAAUUCAGAGAGUUUUGGGUCAUUUAUCUACACACUUGUGAAGUACAGUCAAUAAUAAAAUCAUUAAGAUUCUGCGCUUGUCUAUCAAUGUCAUGCUUCACGUUUUUGUUCUGUUUUUCAUCAUUUCGCUCUUUUUAAUUUUCCCUAUUCAUUGUCCUGACGCUUUGCUGUUUCGGUGUCCAUUCAUCUCAUUUUUCCACCCGUUUCUCUGUCCUUCUGCUUCCCUCCAUUACCACCCCGCUCUGACGUGUUGAACUGGCUCAGAGGAUUGUGAAGGCUGAGCUGGUGGACUACCCUCAGGAUGAAGGCCCAAUUAGACAAGACAACAACCAGCCAAGCAAAAUAUGUUCUGUUCAAUAGUGUGAAGUACGUCAAAUUUCAGUAGAUAGUCAUCGAUCUUAGUGUAGAAAAACAGUAGCUUUGUAGAUGUGGUAAAUAUGGGGAAAUCUAUUAGACAAAUAAUCCAGAAUCAAAUCUCUGUUGUCCUAGAGUUGACAGGAUGGUACUGACUAAUCUGAAUGUGUUUCUCUGAGUUGAUCAUGAGAGUGAUGCUGUAAAAGAAGCUUUAAGACACUCAGACUAUCCUUGUUUGUUCUUAAGCAGGCCUGUGGUCAGGGUGGACGAAUAUUGUGUUUCAAAUCCUGCAUUAAAUUUGAAUCAUGUAAAACGCGAUUCAGGAGGUUUUGUUAGAGGAGAAAAGUUCCCACUUUGUUGCAAUGAGUUAGAUGUAGAGAUAGAUGCCACUUUUGCUCAUCUGCAUUGAAUAAGAACAGACAACUGUGAUUGGAUUACUUAAGCUUCAGUACGCUGUCUCAGAAAGCAACCAUCUGAGCUAGAACUUUCUCUUCUGUUUAAUUAUCAUUGUUUAUUGACCAGCUAGAAUCUGAAGGUAAAAGACUAGGGUACCAAGCUGAACAUCUCAUGAGAACAAUCUAUAUGAAGCUCUUGACUUCACUUUCAUCUAUUUUCAUGGCUACUGGCAUGUUUUUGUGUUUUUAACUAAAGAAAUAAUUUGUUGUUUCGUCUCUAAAUGUGUUUCUCUGUCCUCGUUUUCAGCGUGUGGUGAAGGCCGACAUCGUGAACUACAGUCAGGACACCGUGGCCAGGACAGUCAACCCCCCUCGCAGCUCCAUGUGUGUGUUGCAGUGAUCACCUCCAUCACACACACACACACACACACACACACACACAAAAAAAAAAACACACACACACACACCAUGAUAAAAUACACACUCAAAGAUAUAAAACUGUCUUCAGUCAGUAUUCCUGCUCUUUCAGGGUUUUGGGGGUGACUGGACGAGAUGUGUUCAGAGUCUGUAUUCCUGUGUGUCAGUUGUUUGAGUGAGACGGAGAACAGACUGUGUGGUUUCGAGGCCUUUGCCUGUAAGUUCGGAUGUUAAGCAGGGAUGAUUUCUUGGGUUGUUCACCAAAAAGGAAACAGAUCUCUGUUUUCUUCAAGUUUACACGCAGCUAUUAUUUUGAUUUUUAUGAUUCAUCCUGAAUAAACAUCAAGACUUAAGGGGGAUUACUUGAUUAACUUGUUAGACUGAUGCUGGUAGUUUGGAGGAGAAAGACAACUGCUGUAAUCAGUUCCUCUUUUUAUAUAAUCAAGUUUUUCUCUUUCGCCACUUUCAGAGACUUUUCUUUCUUCACGAUUCUUACUAGAAAUACUGCAGUAUAAUUAGAAAGACAUCUGUUCACAUCCAUAAAUCCAUCUCUGUCCCAAAACUACCACAUGGACUCAUGUAAGAGUUAGAGGGACACAACCACGGAGAAUAAAACAUACACUCUGUUUUAGCUUAUUUUGUCUUUUUCAUUUAUGUCUGUGGUGCUCCUCAGUUAAAGGAUGGUAAUAGGUUUUAAGAUGCUGUCGUGAACUCCACUCCAAAUUGCCAAUUAGAGGCUUGCACUUGCAGUGCUGUGACUUUGACUGUGUACUGUCAUUUUACAUAAAUACAUGAAAAUCCUCAAAUAACAUUAAUUUACUUCAAAUUAUUUCCUGAUAUUUACCAUCCUUUAAGUAGUUCAUACUUUUACCACAUGUUUUGUUUAGGUUUUUCUUCUAUGAUUUAGCUUCACGUUUUCACACUACGAGACAUUCCUGGUUAGUGCUGUUAAACAAAGUAUAUAGAAGCUGUACUGAUAAAGUGUUGAUAAAGCUCAUAGAUCAGAUUCAGGAGGUACCCGAGUGUCAAGCUGAGCAUGAGCUGAAAUGUACAACAUUUUAGUAGCCUUAUUGAACUGUCCGUUAUAGAACAGAAGUUUGCAUUGGAGGCUGGCUGUGAGGCAUGAAAUGCUUCAUCAGAUCUUCACUUUGACCACAUUUGAAUAGUCUGUUGAUCAGUUUGUGUAUUGUUAGAGACAGCUGAACUAUUGUAUGUGUAAUCGGUUUUGUCGGAAUAGUUUCUUCAUGUCGGCAUGGCGUCAUUUAAUGUGGUGUCCACCUUUCAAACUAUCUGCCAUAUGUGUAAAAUAUGUGUUUAUAUGAUAAAACCAGCCUCUGCUGAGCUCCUUUAACUGAUCAGAAAUUAUCAUGUAAAUUCUUUUCAUGUAAACUUAAAAAAAAAAAAACAUGAAUGUACAGUUCAAAGUGAAUGUUUAGUCGACAUUAUCCAACAACAUGGUUUUGUGUUUCUAAAUAAAAAUUAUUAUUGAAAAAAUGA